AAAAAAAACACUCCCUCCAAAUCAUUAUCCCACUAAAAUACAACCAUAUCUCAUGUGCCCAUGCUUUCCACUACGUCCUAAAAUUUUGCCCCAACAAUUCUAUACCCUACCGCCAAACAAAGAAAAACAGAGUUGUGCGCCGCUUUGAAGAACCUACGUGCUAAAUUAAAGACGGUGAAAUUAUAUUCCGCCGAUAGCCGAACGCUUUGAAGAGCUGCUGCAGGGUUGUGCGCCGGCCGCCUGGGCAUUCGUGGGAGUUAUGACGUCGUGACUAAGUGAAGGACAUGCGGACACGUGGUGGACGUGCUUUGUAUGCACCAAAUCGACAUGCCUCUCAAUCUAAAGGAAGGAAUAACUUACCAUCACCCUCAUCAAAUGGUGGGCGUGCUUUGUAUGCACCAAAUCGAAAUACCUCUCAAUCUAGGGGAAGGAAUAACUUAUCAUCACCCUCAUCAGAUAGUGCUCUCAAUGGAUCUCACCACUCAAGUGGGGAGGAAAGUACAACACAAGUUCCAAGUACUCCUACAUCACCUUGCGAAUCAAAUGGACAACAGUCUGCCAAAACAAAUCUCUUGCCUUUCUCAUUAUCUGACAUGCACAGUCGAAAGACUCAUAGCGAAAUCAAGCAAAUCAUGAGAUCUAGUUUUAAUGGACCAUGGAGGUCUUACCGAAAAGUGCCUAUAGCCGAAAGAGAUCAUUGGUUUGAUGAAUUCAGGGUGUCUCAUCUAUUUCCCGACUCAGCAAAAAAACAGUUCAGAGAAUACUUUGACAAGUAUGGUAGUCAAGGCCUUAAGAAGAUGUUACAAGAUGCAAGAGAUGCUAGUAAAUGCCCAGAAUACAUUGCUGAGAACGAUUGGAAAGAUCUUCAAACAUAUUGGGCUUCUCCGGAGUUCAAGAAACUUAGUGCUAAAGGGAAAAAAGCUCGAUCUUCUGAAUUGUGCAGAAACAAUCCAUACUGUGGAGGAUCAAUCACUACCUAUGAUCAUAAGAAGAAAUUGAGAAAAAUACUUGGUAGGAAGAUUCUCAUGAGGGAGCUGUAUGCUGUGACAUGGAAGAAGAAGAAAACCCGUGAGUGGAGUGGCCCGAGGCUAAAGAUGUGCUAUGAAAAUUUUAUAGCUGCAAGACAAAAAGUAAGGGAGCAAGUGAGUGAUCAUUCACAGCCCAUAAAUGAAGAUGAAAUCUUUCUAGAGGAAUUUGGGUCUGCCACAUGUGGUAAGAUAUUCGGCCUAGGGAGUCUAUCAAAAGAUGUUCAAAAUAAACGUGGCAACACUACUACUCCAAUGCAUUCUGAAGAUCUACAAGAGCUAGUUGAUCAACGUGUCAAAGCUGCACUCACUACUAAUAUUCAAGAGUUACUAAAAGGCCAAGUUCAAACCGCAGUACAAGCUACCAUUGAAGAAGUCGAUAGGAGAUGGGUUGCUCGUUUUGUCGAAUAUCGUAACUCUUUGAACUUAUAUAGUCCCGGGUUUCCUAUGGCAAAUCAAGUUGCUCUGACACAAACUCUAGCUCCGAAUACUUCCACAACUCCAUUCCAACAAUUUCCAUUCUCACAAAUGACAUCACAAGGCCAACCCUUCACAAACGGCGCUAUGAGUUUUACUGAUAUGAUGAAUUUUGGCUCGUCCUUGAAUACACCUUUUGGAAAUUAAUUUUUAGCACUUGUAUUUCUCUAGGAUGUGUUGUCUUUGAAUUUCUUGGUUUUUGCACGUAGACAUUGUCUUUAAUUCGUGUAUCUCUACAUGUUAAACGAUUAAUUGUUUUUAGUAUAUGUUUAAUUUGAAUCUACAUGUUCGCCAUAUUAUAUUAAUUUAUAUUUA